CACACACUGUGUGUGAGGGAUUCAUAGAGCUCGGUCUUGAACAUGAAAACAAACCCACUCAUGCUGAGGAAAUUGGUUAGGCCUUGGGGGAGAGAGAAAAGGAGAGAGGGAAAAAGAGGGAUAGACAGAAAGAUACAUAGCUCUGAAGCAGGGGAACUCCCUCCUUGGUCUUUUUUUCCUGAGGCGGAGGACGGACAAAAGAGUGCAACCAGCAGGCUUUCAGCACAGCACAGCCUGCCUGCGAAGCCAAAGCUCCCUCAGCCGUUAUUUUCAAUUCUAGCAGGAUCGAGCCUUUAGUCAGUUUGCAGGUCACCGUUCACACUGAACUGUGCCAUCAAUGGGCUAAGUGCAGGGGGAGCGUUAAAAAUCGCGAGAGGUAUUUUUGUAGGGGAAGAAAGCUUCAGCCGGACUACAACUCCAAAAGAAGACAAAGGCACCAUCUCAAGGACACUACAAAUACUGUAUGAGGUAACCAUGCAAGCGGGAGAAUAUGGACGGCGCAGCUUCAUUCUGUUCAUGACGGCCUUGCCAGUGAUGCUGGAGGUCUGCAUGGUCCACGGCUGUCGGACUGGCUCGGGGUCGGAGUGUGACAAAGCUCCUUUUGUCCCAGGCCACAACCUGGCAGGGGAGGGUUUCGAUGUGGUGCGGAUGCGUCGAACGGGGGCAUAUGUCAUCAAUGUCAAAGCUCAUCUGGCUGACAACCACACCUGCACACUGUGUCCAAACCGUUUCCAAAGGGGACAGAUUCAGAGGCUCCCAGCAGCAGUGCUCGACUGGCGUCCCCUCAGCCGCUGCAGUAAGCAGCUUUCGAGUGCCCUCCACCACUCUGUGGACUCCCUGCUGCGCAGCUCCAACUCCCUGGUGAACAACAACUGGGACAUGGGUUUGAGCCUCGAUAAAAUUGGCAAGGUGGUAAUGGGAGGAAGCCGCUCAGACUUGGCAAAGUUCGCCCGUUCACAGCACAGCGUGGACAAAGCCACUUUUGCCAUCCAUGAAAUCAGCUGUACGUACUACAGCUACAGGCUGGCCGACCACCCCCAGCUGAGUGCAGAAUUCACAAAGCAUCUGAAGAGACUCCCACAGAGUUUGAACACAAGCCAGAGCAGAGCGCUGUACAGACGACUGAUAGACACCUAUGGAACGCACUACAUUUACCAGGUCCAGCUUGGUGGCAAGGUGAGGCGAAUCACUGCAUUCAGGACCUGUCUGGCCACGCUGAAGGGUUUCUCCGAGUCUGAGAUCAAUAACUGCCUGAACGCUGAACUCCGUAUGGCUCUAGGUUUCCUCCCCGCUAACGCGUCUUUCUCCAACAAGUGUGAAAACCUCCUGAAGGGCAAUAUGAGCAUGGGCUUCUACCAGGGCUUCAUGACCCAUAAGAUCGAGAUUAUCGGAGGGGAGAGGUACUUCCCCGACAUCCUCUACCAGCAGGACCCCUCUGAAGCGUACCACAGCUGGAUGAACAGCCUCCAUGAGCACCCUGAUGUGGUUUCUUACGCCAUCUUCCCUCUGCAUCAUUUGGUGGAGGACCCACAGAUCAGUGCCAAUCUGAGAAGCACCGUCACCGAGUAUAUUAGAGAGAACCAGCUGCAGGAGCACCAGCCUGCUCUCAAGAACUGUUCCCCAACUUCCAACCUGGAUCAUAACUGUUGUCCACUAAGGGCUGGCAGAGGGGCCCUCAAACUGGAGAUCCACAGAGCUGCGGGUAUGAAGGCAGACACCUUCACAAAAACAGACGCCUACGUGAAAAUCUUCUACAACGGAAAGUACGAGGAGACGGAGACGGUAAUGGACGACAACAACCCAGUGUGGAAUGCCACUUAUGACUUUGGUUCAGUUGAACUGGGUCAGGAGAUGAGGUUUGAAGUCUGGGACAGGGAUGUGCUCUAUAAUGACAUGGCUGGGAUAUGUGUGGUGUUUCCCGAGCGAGGAACUCACUCUCUGAGCUGCCAGCUCAGCAAAGGAGUUCUCUACUUCACCUACACAAUAAGAUGUGAUGCUCACUUGACAGGCUUUAGGUGUGGAAGAUACUCCCCCAAUGCUGAGUAGGACAUUACAUUACAACGUUUUAAUAUAUCAUUUAGAGUAUAUAUAGAGUAAUAUUGAGUAAUUUCUUUAAAAGUAUCUCUUAGCAUGUCAUUUCCCUUUCAUUUUAACUGUAAACACUCUUGUCAUAUAUCAUUCCACAGCCAAAACGUGAAAGAAUCAAUCCUUUAACCUGAAAUAAUAACUGUCGUCUACUAUGUAAAUGUCUUGUGAUGUCUUGGUAUUAAACAACCAAAGUCAAUCUACAUGGACCAUGUGCAUACCAAAAUAAAGACAUUUUGAUUUUGGA